AUGAGCACAAAUGAACCAUCAAAUUCAGAACAAAAUUGUGUGAGUGGAGACAAUGUGUAUCAAAGUAUACAGUAUUCAAUUUCUGGAAGGACAGACCGUACUAUUACUUUCAAAGGAGAAAAGUGGUCUGUUAUUCAAGGAAAAUGUCGAGGAGUGAAAAAGUGUUUUGAAUGCGGUGCUGUUCAUUCAACCAAAACAAAAUGGGCUGCUUGUGGUGUAAAGGAUUGCAAAGGACGCCCUCAACGUAUAACUUGUAGUGUAAAAUUGUACUACUUGAAAAAAGAUAAUGCGAGGUAUGUGUUUUUGAGAGGAAAUCACACGCAUUCUGAUCCACCUUCUCGUAAGAUUUCUGAUGAUGAUAUAAUGUUGGUUGAAGCAUUUAAUCCAAAUCCUACUCUUACAAAAGAUGUAUCGAAAGAAUUGACAAUAUAUGAAAACAGAUACAAUUUGAAUCUUCUUGAUGGUGAAGAUUUCACUAAUAUUAUCAAAACUCAACAUGAUGAACUAUUGGAAGAGUGGAAAAACACGGCUGUGCCUGGACUGUAUGUCAAUUUUGACACUAUUAUGGAAGUCUAUGUAAGAGAAUUUCUUGACACAGAUGCUUUUUAUGCAUGUCAUGUUGGUUUUCCCUUCCAAAGCAUGGCUAUUGUGUCUAGUGAUUGCUUUUUCAUGGAUGUAAUGCAUAAAUCUGCUAGUGGUCCCUGGACCCAUCAAAUGGGUAGAGUGGUGGAGUAA